CUCAGUUCAUAAGAUUGGCUUCUAUUAUCGCUUAGAUAUUUAUUAUGUAUACUAUUACCAAAUGUUUUAGAUCAAUUAUGUAACCAUGUGUAUGUGUGUUGGUAGUGUCAAUAUAAAUAAGUUAAGGAUUUCAUUAGAUAAUCAUGGUUUUUAAGACAGAUGAUACGCACUUGUUAGUCUCAUUAAACAAUUCUAAUGGGCAAAACUUUAUUCUUAAGUUGUGCGUUCAAUCUAACGUAUUGAAAGUAUUAGUGACCGACAAAACAACCGCUGAAAAAUGGAAAUGUGCCUACGAUUCAUCCUACAUCGAAAAUUUAACACGCAAAACAGGCAACUUUAAGCAGUUUAUGGUAUUCAUUUCUAUGUUGAAAGCCGGUUUGCUAAAGACGAACGAAUGCGUUUACGUAGAACUUUUGACACAGGAAGAACUAGAGACGAGACGUAAGAAAGGAACCAAUGUGCUAAACCCAUCUCUAAAGAACAGGAGGUAUCUUAUCCUAAUUUAUCAGGUAGAGUUCGAUAAAAUUCACUACCCACUUCCGUUGGAAUACUGUGGUAAACCGGAUCCUGACGUACUCCAAAAUACCAUAAAGAAGUUGGAAAAUGUUAUUAGUCAAAUGAGGUGUGAUAUGUCGAGACAGAUUGCGAAGUUUAAGUCUGAUGUCGAGUCCAGAGAAGCGUCCUUCCAGAAACUAAUUUCUCAACUGAACAACGAAAAUAAGAACUUGUAUGAAGAAAACAACAGAUUGAAGAAGCAGCUUUCAGAACGUGAAGAUGAUGAAUGGGAUAAUAGACUGAUCCGAAAGCUUGAAACUCAGCUGAAACACGAUAAAAUAGUUUAUAGCGACAAGAUCUAUAGGUUGGAAAUCGAAAACAAGAAGCUGAGCUCACUACUGAUGGGCAGAACCUCCAGGAGUCGUAUCCCGGUGAAGAUUCAUUCCGAUUCCACAUUCAACCGAUCUACGUCCUUUCCCCGAUCGAAUUCAUCUUGUUGCGUUUACGAGACGAAUAAACAGAGGUACAGGAAUAGAAAGAAUAAGUCUCCGUCUCCUACGAGGAAAUCUUCAUGUUCCUCAUCUGAAAGAUCUGAAAAGUCCAACUCUCUUAGGAAAUCGAAAACCAACGUAGUGAAGAGGAAGACUAGCUCCUCUGAUAAGUUAUCGUCACUGGAACGAAAAACUAACACUAAGAAGCAACUAGAAAAAAACAAAAAUAAAGAUGAAAAACCUUUCAGAAAAAACUAUAAAUAAAGUUAAGUUCUGAACAAGACUAAAACCUUA